AUGGCUACCGAUGCCCGGCCACUGAAGGGCAUCCUCAAAAAGGCAGCAGCCGGAGCCACCGCCUCCGGCAGCGGCGCCGCCAACGCCGUCCUCAAUCCCCGAAAACAAGACCCCCGCGAAAUCGCCCUCCAGCACGCCCGCAUCAUCCAGCAGCGCAAGGACCUCGAGCUCCAGAUCCUCGAGAGCCUGGCCGAGCUCUCCGAGUACCCCACCGAGCGCGGCAGCAGAACCUUCUCCGCCGCCAACCCUUCCCCGCGCGACGUCGCCGACUUCAAGGCCGGCAUCCGCCUCUUCCAGCCCUCCGACUACGACGACCUCAUCGAGGAGCGCAACUGGAGGCUCGUCAACUUUGGCAAGGCAGACUUUGAUAUCGUCAAUCGCAAGGAGUCGGAGAAGUGGUGCUCCAAGGACUGCCAGCGCAGGGCCAUGUAUAUCAAGGUGCAGCUGAACGAGUCGGCUGCGUGGGAACGGGCGGGAUUGCCGGAUAUUGAGAUUGAGCUGUAUGGGGAGGAGAAGGCGAGGCAGGAGGAUCCCGCAUCACAGGCUUCGCGCGACCUCGCAAGCUUGAAACUGGAGGAGGGCCGGAGGGCGGCCGACGAGUCUGCCACAUUGGCCUUGGAGAGAGGAGAGACGCGGGAGACGGGACAGCCUGGUAAUACUUUCACUCUUGCCAUCAGGGAGAGGGAGGUCAAGCCACCAACAGAGCAUGGUGUGUUUGAAGAUCCAGACGACUCCCAUUUAUUUGUUGAGGGACACAGACCGGGAGCUGGCAAGGCGCAGGCCAUUGCUGAGGCUUCCCAAUUCGAGGCACAACGUGACCAAGAAAUGUCAUGA